AUGGAGAUUGAAUUAGUUCCUGCCUCCUCUCUAGGGGGGAACUUCCGAUAUUUAGACUUGGAAUUUAUUAGACUUAACCGGGAAGUUUUCUUUCAAAGCUUCCAGGUCAUGGAAAGAGUUGUUGAUCCUUCAGCAAAGCCUACACAUUCUGCUGGUCAAUCUAGCGUUUCCCCAAAUCCAACCACAAUGGCUCCUAUGGGCUAUAAUGAUGGUAUUCCAUUCAAAGCCAUCAUCGGGGUGGCAGGUGAACUUCUGGAGCAGAACGCACAAGCCCUAAAUCAAAUAUCUACAAAUCUUGCAUCUUAUCAGGUACUGGAAAAUAUCGGUCUCCUCUCCCAAACUCGUGACAACCUUCUCCAACUAUUGAAUGUGAUGAAUGACAACGUGCCCGAUAUCAUGAAGCAGAUGCCACAACUCCCGGUGAAAAUGAACCUUAACCUUGCCAACGCCAUCCUUCCUCCUCCACCCCCUCCUAUGCCGUGAUCGUCCUCCUAGCUUAUCUAUUUACCUU